AAAGUUGAAAAAUUUGUAGCAUUUUAAGUGUCAUUUGAACUGAGAAAUGGCAGCUCAUCUACACCAUAUUGAUGUCUCCCUGUGUUGUACAGUUGGUACACUUUUUUAGAAAUGUCAAUGAACAAUGAACAUUACAAUAAGCUAUAGCAUAUUAAAAUUAAGUGACUGAAAAAAAAUAUACCAAAAAACAAAGCUUGGUGAAAUUUUCUAAGUGAAAUAAAUCGUGUUUAGUCCUCUAGUCCACCGGAAACCUCAGUAUUUUUUUUCUAUUUCAUUGACAAAAUAAACUAUUGGUCUGCGAGAGGCCAUGAUAGCCCAGCUUUUAUUUUUUUUAUGCUCUUAUAUGGACUCCAUGAACUAAUAAAUGUUUAAAAAAAACCAUAAAUUUUUAUCAACAAUCGUACGGACGGGAUUCAAAUAACAAAUCAGUGACAAAAUAGUUUUGCUGGUUUUGCUUUCAAUGUUUUCCGAUUAAAUGUUGACCGUAUCUGUGUGGUGUGUUAGUUCUUUUUUAUUUUUGUGUGUUUCAUUUUGCUCGGAGCUGAACUUUUAAACGAACACACAUUUCAUUUGUAAAGUGUAAAAGGUUACAAGGAAAAAAAGAUGUUUUCAAUCGUCGUAUGGUCAAGUCAAACGAUAGAACGAUAGAAAAUAGAAUAUUAUUGUUAUGUGCAAUGUGUAAUGAACGAAACAAAAGCAGGAAGUGAAGUUUAAAAUCGAGAACUUAACUUUGUGAUUGAUUUUGUUUGAUGAGAACUGUGAAACAAAGACAUAAGAAGGACGACGACGGCAACAACGACGGCGAACCCUUUUAUCGACACUGUGGGUGCUGACUGAUAUGAACACACACCAAAACAAUUUAUUUUAUAAUUUACUUCAGUUUUAUGUCAAGAAAUUAAUGUCUAGCACUCGGUCCAUAUCGACGGCGAAUAACAGUCACACAGUCAGCAACAGUAAUGUUGGCUAUCUAUUGAAUGGAAUGUACUCAAAUGUUGAUAAUCACAUCGAUCGAAUUUCGUUAAAAGCGUCACGCGAUGAUCUGGAUUUGUCGCCACAAUCAACGUCCUUUUCAUUGGUUCACCCAAAACCGUCAACGGAACCAAUAAAAUUGCAUGAGCAGUACAUAACUAAUACGUAUCCUAAAUCAAAUUUAUUCUGUUCCAAUUGUUCACUGGUGGAACGGCAAUACCAACAGAAAUUGGUCAAAAGCAGCAGCAGUAGCAAUAUCAAUCAAAUAGUCAGUCAAACGGUUAAUGGUUCCACCGGAACGGGACUGGAGAAGUCACGUGUGUCAUUUCCGACUAUUUGCGACUGUUUUUCCGUCCGCGUCAGUGGUUCCAAUCUGAUUCAAGUACCCAACGCAAUGGUGGGUAGUUCGUCACUCCCACAACAACCACAACAGAAACCACAGCCCCAACAAGUACCCAUCCCAUACAAAUUAGUACCGAAUCUAACGCCAACAACCAUAACAGCGACAACUACCUCAUCAUCAGCAUCGUCAACAUCGCAAAAAAGUCUGCCAUCGGUAACAGGAAACAGUAGCGUUCCACCUCCAUCAAAUACAAAUCAUCGUGCUAUCGUCAUGUCCAGCCAGGCGAAAUGUUCAUUGGAAGAGAAACCGAAGGCAUUGGUGGCAACGCCACAACAGGUGAUGGAAUUGUACAUGAACAAAUUGACACCCUACGAACAUCACGAAAUCUACAAAUAUCCACAAAUCUAUUUCAUCGGAGCGAAUGCGAAAAAACGACCCGGCCUAGUUGGACCUAACAAUUCCGAUUAUGACAAUGAACACGGUUCAUACAUACACAUACCCCAUGAUCAUGUUGCUUAUCGAUACGAAGUGUUGAAAAUCAUUGGAAAGGGUAGUUUCGGUCAAGUGGUUAAAGCAUACGACCACAAAACACACGAACAUGUUGCAUUGAAAAUGGUACGAAACGAGAAACGAUUUCAUCGGCAAGCUCAAGAAGAGAUUCGCAUAUUGCAACAUCUUCGUAAACAAGACAAAGAUAACACCAUGAACAUAAUACACAUGUACGAUUACUUUACGUUUCGUAAUCACAUGUGCAUCACAUUUGAGAUUUUGUACAUCAAUUUAUAUGAGCUGAUAAAGAAGAAUAAAUUCCAAGGUUUUAGUCUGCAAUUGGUGCGAAAAUUUGCACACUCGCUGCUACAAUGCCUGGACGCACUCUCAAGGAAUAAAAUCAUCCAUUGUGAUAUGAAGCCCGAAAAUGUUUUGUUAAAGCAACAGGGUCGAUCAGGAAUAAAGGUUAUUGACUUUGGUUCUUCAUGUUAUGAAAACCAAAGGGUCUACACAUACAUUCAGUCUCGAUUUUAUCGUGCACCUGAAGUAAUAUUAGGAGUUAAAUAUGGUAUGGCCAUUGAUAUGUGGUCCUUGGGUUGUAUAUUAGCCGAACUAUUAACCGGUUACGCAUUAUUGCCGGGCGAAGACGAAGCCGAUCAAUUAGCCUGCAUCAUUGAACUGUUAGGAAUGCCACCGCAAUCGUUGCUCGAUCAAUCGAAACGGGCGAAAAAUUUUAUUUCCGCCAAAGGCUAUCCAAGAUAUUGUUCGGCCGAAACGCUUGAAGACGGUACGAUUAUACUUGGCCCCGGUUUGUCGCGACGCGGUAAAGAGCGACGACCACCGGGCGGUAAAGAUCUACGAACCGCUCUCAAAGGCUGUGAUGAUCAGUUAUUCUUGAGCUUCCUACGCGGAUGCCUGGAAUUAGAUCCCGAAUUACGUAUGACACCAUCGCAAGCAUUGCGGCAUUCGUGGUUCCGCCGGCGGUUACCCCGACCACCACAUCCAAAUUCGAAUGCCAAUUCGUCGAAUUCGUCAAAUAACGUAAGUGUUAUCGAAAGUAUCAAAGUCACCAAUAGCUUAAAACUACCAGCACCAAUAAUGUAUUGUCCCAAUAAAAAUAAUCAGUUAAACAGCGGUACAACGAAUAGUAAUAGUGGCGGAGCUAUCGGUGGCGGCACUGUAGUUACAACAACUACGAAUAGUGCUGUGCCAACCACAAAUAAAUUGCGUGUUCAUCUUUCGUCGUCCGACGAAAGUAUGUUAAGUUUGAAUCGAUCAACAUCAUCGGUACAUCGACAUCAUCAUUUGCCAACGGGUGCUCCAAAAUUACCACAAAUUCAAAAUGGUAAUACCGUCACAUAACAUCGCCAUAGCUUUUUUAUAGAUGAGCAUAAUCAUAAUGAACUAUCGUUAACUCAAUAGGAUAAACCGAAAUGUGUGAAGAAGAUGAGAGAAAGAGAGAGAGAGAGAAAGGGAGGAUUGAAGUAAUUCGGACCUGUUUUCUAAAAUUUUGCGUUCGCUGCAUUGUAUUUUAUAAAAAUUUGUUCCAUUUAAAAGCUCGGCUAUGUCAAUCCCUUCAGAGCGAAUUUACGAAUAUUUCGAACAAGUUCAAACCUUAAAUUUUAACUAUUUUAUCGGGUUGAGGGAUUUGAUUAGUUUGGGGCACCAAGGUGGCAAGGCAAGGAAGAACUUCUGCAUUUUGAAGAUGCGAUGCUACUCUUCUGAAAAUUUAAAGUUUCUGAUUCCCCAUUUACGAAAUUGCUUCCUUUUCUCUGGAAUAACAGUUCGCAUUGCAUGAUGGAAUCCGUGCUAAACCAAAAGCUCUUCGGUUACUAAAAUGUUUGCGACGUUUUUUAUAAUUGAAUCGUCGCACUUAUGGUAUCCAACCGGAUUAUGUCUUAUUGCGUCAUUUUGCGAAAAUCGGAAAUUCAAUAGGAACCGAUGGGUUUGUAAAACAUUUCAGGAAAACACCUUCUGAUACUGAUACUGAUUGCUAAGUGUCUUCACAGUUUUAGGUGCAAUUGAGCAGAAUAUACUUCAUUAGAAGAAAACUCUCAAUUUUCUUACAAAUGUUAAUUGCGGAAAAGUAGACCCAUCAGUGGUAUUCAAUUGUCAAAAAUGAUUGCAAAUUCAGAGAAUCAAAAUUUUAUACGGCGUAUUGGUGGAUUUGUGGAUUUGUUGUCGACCCAUAAAAAUAGUUCGGAAAAUAUUCGUUAAUUCAUUCUUACCUUUCAAUCAUGAAAAAAAAAACUGUGCAGAAACUAUGUCCUAGCAUGUCUGCACAGAUAAAAAAUUCUCUUUUUUUAGUUAAAAAAAAAGAGAAAGCAAAGAAAUCGAAACCGAAAUUACUUACAAACGUGAAAAGUAAAACCCAGAAAAUAUUGAGAUUCAGUCAAUCGACUACUUAUAAUAGUGUUGUAAUACAUGGUCUAAAAUGGAAGAUAAUUUAGAUGUUAAGGCAAAAUGAUGUUUAUCCAAAAAUGUUAACUAAAAAGAAAAGAAAAAAAAACGAAAACAUCAACCGAUAAUGAAAUGCAAACAUGAUUAGCGAUUAAAAUUUAAUAAUUUUUAUAUUGAACCAUGAUAUGGGUGUGUUAGAUCACAAUAAAUUUUAUUAAUUUUAUUUUACUUUACACAGGGAUAUGACCAACUCUUAACUUGUCUCAUUCAUUUUUGCUAAAUAUUUUUGUUUUUCGUUUCUUUAAAACCAAAAAUAAUUACACACACACAAAAAAACGGUGAUAUUCGUCAAUUUAGCGACAUAGUUUUUAAAGAAGAAAAACACUUUCUAACAAUCAAAAAUAUAGACGGUGUGUAAUGUGUUCGAAAGAUAUUUUUUUUAAAACUAAUUUUUCGUUCUAAAAAUUGUUUUGAUCUCUAUAUAGAUGAAAGUGACUAGUUGUUAGGCUAAAUAGGUAUUUAACUAGAACUGUAAUGCAAUUCCUUUCUAAAAUUUAAUACGACGAAAUUACAAAAAUUACUUGGAAAUAUAUCGUUUUGAGAUGUACUCUGUCGAUUGUCACCGGACAUUGAAUUAAUGAACUGUACUGUCGAGGACUAUACACCAAUCAAGUGAUUAAAUUUGGAUCACAGAGGCUUCCCAAGUUCUAUUAAAUUCUCUGAAUGCUCUAAACUACAAUGCGUCUAAAGGGGUAAACUUACAGUUUGAAUAGAAUGGAUAGAACAUGUGUAUUGUAGGCGAUGUACUAUGUACUGUACAUAUCCAAAAGCCCCAACACUUACAAUUCACAACUCGCAUGAAAUGUGAAAAAAUAUUGCUAAUUUUUUACGUGACGAGCCUCAUGUUGAAUAGCGGAAAAUCAAAGACAUUUUCCGAGUUCAAUGAAGAAUUCAUUUAAACGUGAGUGAAAAUGUAAAGUUAUUUCAUAUCACAUGUACGAAAAGCAUUUUCAUGACUUAUGUGGUUGCAGCCCUUAUUUUCGAUUCGUCCUAGAUGUUCUAGAACCCGGGCCCUUCUACACGAAUUUCGAAAAAGUGUCUGUUGGCUCCGCGUUUAUCAAAUAAGUUUUGGGGACAAUAUGAUCACGCACCGUAAAACUGGAAAGUGAUGUUGGGAAAUUUCGUUGGGAAAUGUGUAAAUUGUAGACAUCGUAACUCUUCUUUUCGGCAUUUGCUUUUCAAUUCAAACGCUAACACCAAUCACAUGAUAAAUCACCGAUCCAACUUCGUUGCAAAAACGUGAAUAGAAAUUCAAAAGUUUUUGUGCUGCAAACAUUUCUCUCUGGUGACGCUGAUGUUAAGUGUCACGCCUCACUGACCAUUUAUCUAAUCAUUUCCAUCGCAAAUUAGAUAUCAUUUCAGAGUGAUUUUUUUGAGUCAGUUGACAAAAAAAAAAACUUUAAAUUUUAGAAAAGUUGUAAGUAGAAAUUCGUUGGUGAUUGGCGUUCUAGAAAUUUUAAGAAUAACAAACAAAACAAAAGAAAAAUAGCAAAAUAGAAAGAUGUUUAACCGAAAAGCACAAUUUUAGCGAUAGAUACAAAAAAAAAUAAUCGAAAAUAAUUAUGGCACCCUGAAUCAAAUCAAGUAAAUUUAUUAGUAAAUGUAUAUGGAUCAAAAUAUUAAAUGGAACAGCACUUUUAUCGAUACAAUUAAUCAAUUUUAGUUGUUGUUCUCCUCAAACUAAUAGAAAAAUAAAAGAAAAAAUUUACAAAAAUGACUAAAGAAACAACUAAGCCGUGGCUCAAUCUAGAAAUACAAUUUCCCCAGUUAGAUGAUUUUCCGCCUUUCUAAGACCAAUCAUAUCGGUCUCGAUUAGCAUAAUACAACUAAGAAUGUUAUACUCGGUGAUAUAGUUAAAAAAAAACCAACAACAAACAAACAAAAACGGAAUCCAUGACCUCAUUAACCAUUCGAAAAUCAUUCGAUUAGAAUUAUAGUCCAUUUCGAAUUAACAAUCAAAGACACGACCGGUAGACAAUGACAAUUAUUAUUCUGCAACAGAUAAUCACUAAAUUAUUACAUCGAAACGCCAUGCUCAAUGAUAAUAGUGUGUCAAGGGUUUCACCAAAAAGAAGAAAACAAUUUACAAAAAAUUAAGAGAGAUUUGUGAUAAGUAAUUAUUUGUGGCACUACUUUCUUACGUAACAAAAAGGCUAGAAAUAAUUGAUUUUAGACAACAUUUUUCAUUUAACGACAAAAUUAGCAUUAAGAGCGAAGCGGCUAAAUUUUAAAUUUAAAUUGAAUCACACGGCUUCAAGUAUAAUCUUAAAUCUGGAACCGAAAUCUUCGCUAGAUUUCUUAUGUCAUGUCAUCUCACUUCAUUGAAUCGCUUUUAUUUAAAUUUAAACCAAAUUAGCCACCGACAUUUUGUUCUUCAAUUUCAUUUUUCCUUAAAAACAAAUCAUUGACUGCUGGUUGAAUAUUUCCACACUAACUGGACUUCGUCAAAAGCCCAAAAUAUUCAGAAAAAACAAAUUCCUGAAAUUUCGGCGAUUUCUUUCUUAAUAUUAGGCAGAGUCAAUGCCGUUAAUAUACUCAAACCAAUAAUCAUCCUUGGAAAAUUUAACGACUUCUUCCUCAAAUACAAUUAUAACUUUCACUUCGAGAAAUGAUUUCAUUUCCAUAAUCUUGUUGAAUCUUGUUCAUAAUGAUGCUAGUUUACACACCAAUCAAAUUAUCAUUAAACAGUACAGGCGAAUUAACGCCGCAACAAUAAAAAAAAUUCAUUGCAAAUUGCCAACACUUUACCGAUGACAAUCAAGCAUUCUUCAUCAUGUCAUACAAUUUCCUAAUGGUCAAUUAUGCUGACAUGUAAUUGCAUUACACACUUCGUCGUUGGACGUGUGCUUCAUGUUUGUCUUUUAUCUUUAAAAUCGGGUUGCCACUAUAGAUGUUUACAGAACCGUAGUAUAUUCAUUGAACAAAGUUCUCGUCUCCUCAUUUGGAAUUUAGCAGCACGGCGUCAUCGAGUCAGAUUUUUAACAUAAAUUAAUUUAGUCGAUCAAAUCACCCGUUGCACAUCAACACUCGAAUCUUCCAUAAACAUUUUACGCAGAUUUUUGUUUAGAAUUUAUAGUCGUAGCGUAAGUGGUUAUUUCCUCGAUUGUAUCGCAAAAAAAAAAAAUUAGUCUACGGAUAUUUCAGUCAUUUAUUUUAUGUAUAAAUCGUAUAGACUGUAUAGACCUUAAGAGUCAAAUGGUGAAUUUCGUUGCAAAUUUAACGUUGGUGACUAUAAACGCACAAAAAUACAAAAUCCGACGAAUAGAAAGACAUUCAUAGAUAUAUCAUAUCAUAUGUUGUUAGAGCAAAUCGGAUUAGAAAAACUUUUACAUGGUUUCCACAUAAAAUGAACAAACUACAUCGCCACAUCAACUUCCGUUCAAAACAAAUAAUUUUCGAUUCAUUUUUAUGAACAAUUUUAAUAGAAAUAGCUCUGUAAUCUCGCCUGGGAUCAUUCAUAAAUGAAGUCUUAAAUUGGCUCGAACUUCUAUCCACACUUCGAGUCAAUUCAAAAAUCAGUAGACGGUAUUAAAGUAGAUUACGUGACAGUGCUGUUUGCAUUUUAUAGUUUCCUCCUUUCCAACAACUUUGCACUGUCAAAUUGGCAAAUUGCCAUUGUCAAAACGAAAGAAGUGAUUUGGAUAGCUUUCAUGAGGCUUGAGCUUCUAUUGAAAUUUCUUUGUGGAAUUCAAAAUCUGGACCCAAAGCUUCUUUAAUUCUUUAAUUCUGCUAAUCGACUUAUUGACAUCUUUGUCAGAUUCUGAUACCUUUCUAGACCAUGAAGUUCAGAUACACUUAUCCUUUACUUCUACUUCCCAUUGGCACUAUUUUACUUAUCCAACUCAAUUGUGGGACUUCAUUUACAACUGAAUCCCAGGGAAUCAUUUACAGUUGGCUCGCAUUUGAUUGAAUUUUUUUUUUACAUAGAUUUUCUAACUGCUCCACACCAUCGCAUUGGUUUUGUUGACGAGUGUCCUGUGAGACUUGUAUGAAAAUAAAAAACAAAACAAGAACGAAAAUCCGAUUAGCUUUUUCAUAUUUAAGCCAACUGUGCGAUAACAAGCGAGCGUUCAAUUUUCAUCUUCACAUUUUUCCGCACACACAAAAAAACACCAGAAAUUGAUCUGUCCAAAUUAAGUGUCCAAUUGUUAAAAAUGUUAAGAAGAAUAAAAUAAUCAAAAAAACGAGAAAAAAAAACUGGUUCAUCUUUCUAAUAGACAAAAAUAUAGUACAAGCACGGAAUUUCGAAAACCGUCACAUUUUCUGUUUGUUAAAAAUACAUGCAAAAUUCACAAAAAACCAAUAAACCACAAAACAGAAAAUGUGUCGGUUUUCAAAAUUCCGCGAGUGUAAAACAGAAAACGUAAUUUAUCACAAGAAAAAUUGAAAAUGUUUAUCGUGUAGUGUAGAAUUUUAUCUAUUGAAAAAAAAAAGAGUAAGAAUUUAAGAAGAAAAAUCAAUGCAAAAGAAUCAAGAACAAAAUAUAUUAUGUAGAGACAAAACGAAAUGUGACUAAAUGAACGGUCAUAUCCCCAGAAAAAGAGAUGAAAAUGAAACAAUUAGGAAAAAUAUU